UUUUUCUUUGAGGAAAUGUUAAACCGCGAAAUUGGUUGUUCUUGGUGAAUCAGAAAUAGAGUGAAGAGAAGUGGGAGCAAAAAUGACGAGGGCGGCUCUCUUUCAGUUGCUGCGAUCACACUCCAGACAACUCACACCCUCAAACCUCCGCUCAGGUUAUCAGCCAUGCAGGUCUGCAGCAUGGGCUGCUGGUCUGAACACUAAACUUAGUUUCCAGUCUGGCUUCGAGAUCAAUGCUUCACAGAAAAGAUGGGCAUCUCAUGCCACAACAAGAGAAGAUGAUGGCAAAAUCAGCAUUGGACCACGUAGAGGUGGCCAAGUUGGGCAAGAUGAAAAGGACUCGGGGGUCGUUUACUAUGGCCCAAUCUCAUCUACUAUCAAGAAAGUGAAACUUCUCUCGCUGUCGACCUGCUGCCUUUCUGUAUCUCUAGGCCCUGUGAUAACCUUUAUGACAUCUCCUGAUAUGAAUGUGAUCUUGAAGGGUGCGGUGGCAUCUUCAGUGAUAUUCUUGAGUGCUUCUACCACAGCCGCCCUUCACUGGUUCGUGACCCCAUACAUCCACAAGCUUAGGUGGAAGCCUGGUUCAGACAGUUUUGAGGUGGAAAUGAUGUCAUGGCUUGCAACAUUCAUCCCGAGGACUAUUAAGUUUUCUGAUAUCCGGCCUGCAGAAACUAAUCGGCCUUUUGUGACUUUUAAGGCCAAUGGAAACUUUUACUUUGUCGAUGCUGAUCAUUGUCAUAACAAGGCCUUGUUAGCAAGACUGACCCCGCAGAAAGCAACUCAUGAGUCGGCUUUUAAGAAUUUAUGAUCAUGUGAUGCUGAGUCUUGGAAGUUUUGCUCUUUGUGGCUGAAUUAUGUUAUGGAUUUCAUGUAUUGCAAUGAACCUUUGUGGCACGUACCCCUUUUUUUAUUUAUGAGACACGGUUUCGAGUUUUUGUGUCAAACACCAUUUGGUCGCAGUAUCCCAUUUCUUUCCCUUCAAUAAACGAGGUAAGAAACUACAUUUCCAAUUACUUGUAUUCAACUGAGAUUUUUUAACAGUGUAAAGGCUUUACAUAUUUGUACAAUGCUUUGUCGUACA